UCCUUCGGUUCUUGCACACAGAAGAUAAGCAAAUCAUUUGGUGAGUACUUACAUUAUCCAGCGAGCAUUUUGUCAGUAAGAGAAGCAAAGCAGAAGAUCAGAGAAUUCAAUGAAAGGUGUUGCAGAGAGAUCAGAAGGUGUUACUCUCGAAGGGUUGAGGAACAGAAUGGCGAAGUUUGCAAAGGAAAGGGACUGGGAUCAAUUUCAUAGCCCUAGAAAUCUCCUUCUGGCUCUGGUGGGAGAAGUGGGAGAGCUGUCUGAGAUAUUCCAGUGGAAGGGGGAGGUUCCAAGAGGACUGCCCGAUUGGAAAGACGAAGAGAAGGAACACCUGGGUGAAGAGCUUUCGGACGUGCUGCUUUACCUUGUUAGGCUCUCUGACAUAUGUGGCGUUGAUCUUGGUAAAGCUGCUCUUCGUAAGCUGGAACUCAAUGCCAUUAAAUACCCAGUCAAGCUCUGCAAGGGCUCCUCCAAAAAGCCCGCGCAAAUCAACGUGACAGACAACAACGAUGGUAAUUCUAAUGGUGGCGUUAUGGCCAUCAGCAACAGUGACAGCAAAAGCUGUAGUGAUGGUGUGUGAUCUUCCUGUGAUUUUUUUUUUGUCCCCUUGACUUAUCCUCUCUCCUUUUAGGUACUUAAAGCCUUCUCUUUUGUUAUUUUAUGCCCAAAAGACCAAUCCCAUAAUGUCUUUUAGUAGGUUUUCAACUAGUGUAAUAGAUUUGUUCCAAAAAAUAAAAAAAAACUAGUGUAAUAGAUGUUUCUUUA